AUGGUUAAUUUAUGCUGACAACAAAAAAAAAAAAGAAAAGGUAAAAGAAGAAGUACAGUAAAAUUUACUUUGGUACUUUGUUUUUUCAGAAGGUACAUACAGUUUAUGUAAAAGACAGUACAUAAGAUCCUUGACGGAUUUAUAGAAACUCCGAUUCUAAAGCAGCGAAUCGAGCUGUCUGGGUUAUUAUAAUCCCUUUUUAUUUUCCAUUGAAUCCACCUUCUUUAUCGGAGUGAAAUGUCAGAUGCUUACUGGACAGUCACCGACGACCGGGUAGAGCCGGCAUCUUUUCCUCCGGUGGUCGCCGCUAAACGCCCUCGGACCGAACCUGAUGUUCCAAGUGGUCCUGAGAUGCCUGGCCAUCAUAGCCACAAUGACGAUGUACAAGGAGUGCAUCAUGCCAUUAGACCUACGGAUCCUAUUGAAGCAUCCUAUGACCGAUACUUGCAAACCGGGCAAACUUCCUCAUAUGCUGGUGGUGAAUCCGCAAGAUCCAUGAGUAAUGGAGUAACCCGUCAUCCUAAUGACGGUCCACGUGUUAAGGGUAAUGUGGGGUCAGAGCCAAUUGCUGCUAAAAGCUGGACCAUUGGGUUUGGAGGUGGUAGAUCACAAGUUCCUCUUCCACCUGAGGCUAGCAGUACAUUGUUUGUGGAAGGGCUGCCUGCUAAUUGCACCCGAAGAGAGGUGUCACAUAUAUUUCGACCAUUUGCAGGUUACAAAGAUGCUAGACUGGUGAUCAAAGAAUCACGACAUUCAGGAGGGAAUCCAUUUGUUCUUUGCUUUGUUGAUUUUGUGAGUCCGGCCUAUGCAGCCACUGCGAUGGAUACUUUACAAGGUUAUAACCUCGAUGAUCAUGACCGUGAUUCCCCCAUUUUAAGGUUGCAAUUUGCUCGCCGACCUGGUGCCAGGUCAGGUGGUUGGCAUCGUGGAAGGCAUUAAAUUAUGCGUCGUUACAGGACCAACUUGAAUUUGGAGAUUACCUAUUUAGAUGUUAUGCCAGCUGUGCGGUUUCGUGUUCAACUUCUCUCUCUGAAUGGGUGGUUUCAUUAGGACCAGCAUUAGCAUUUAGCUUUCAUUUCCGUGUCAGUUUCUGCACCGUCCUUCGCUGAACAGAGUGUUGUUAUAUUUUAUAUCCUGACUGAGGAACGAUAAUUCCAGUUUAUAUGACGCAUAAGAUGUUAUUAAUACCAUUGUAAUGAUAAGUGGGAGGUCUUGUGUACUAUUUUUA